AUUGUUUGGUAUCCUAAUAUGAUGAAAUAUUUGAUUUGAAUUACCACCUUUCCAUUCCAUGGCGGCGGCGUGGCAUUUUAUCAAACACCUGACCCUCUCCCGCCCCCUAAUAAUGCGUAUAUCACCUUCUCCUCUCUCAUUCUCAUCAUCACUUCCUUUUCUCUUCAAACAUCACCACAAAGUCAGUAGUCACCACCAUUGUUCUUCUUCUUCCGCCGCUCUACCACAUAAGUCUUCUUCAACUCCCUAUCUUUCAGUUCUCAUUCACUGUUCUAAAGAUAAUGCAGAUGUGCUUGGAGAUGCGCUUUUAUGCUUUGGUGCAACUUCUGUUAGCAUCGAUCAAAAUGAUCAUGUCGCUCAAACAAUAGAUGAGAUUUGCAUUACUUCUAUCUACCCUGAAGAUGAGGAUAUUAAUUUGAGCAUUUCCCAUGCAUUUGAUUCUAUUGGUUUCAAAGAGAAACCAAGAUAUGAAAUUAAAGCUAUUGAGGAGGAGGACUGGAUUAAGAGAUCUCAGGAAUCGUUUCAUCCAGUUGAAAUUACUAAAGGGCUGUGGGUGGUGCCUGAGUGGAGUACUCCACCUGAUGUUCAAGCAACAAAUAUAAUGCUCAAUCCCGGACAUGCAUUUGGAACAGGAGAACAUGCCACCACUAAACUUUGUCUAUUGCUCUUGCAUGAUUGUAUAACAGGGGGAGAAUACAUCCUAGACUAUGGCACGGGCUCUGGGAUUCUUGCCAUUGCAGCUCUUAAGUUCGGUGCUGCCUUUGCAGUUGGAGUUGAUGUAGAUGCACAAGCAAUUGCAUCAGCAUAUCAAAAUGCUGCGCUGAACAACAUUGGACCAGACAGAAUACAACUGCAGUUGAUAGCUGGUGAAAAUUCUUUAUCCUCCAAAGAUGAUCAGACAUCUGGAUUUGUAGAGGGAGAAAAUACGCAUGAGAUACAAACUAUUACCGACAAGGAUAAGUAUGAUGUGGUCAUUGCAAAUAUACUCUUAAAUCCUUUGUUAGAUAAUGCUGAUCAAAUUAUCUCUCGUGCAAAGCCGGGAGCAGUUAUUGGUCUCUCUGGUAUAUUAUCUGAACAGGUUCAUCAGAUCAUAAAUAAAUAUUCACCCUUCUUAGAAGGCAUAGAAGUUUCCAAAUUGGACGACUGGGCCUGCGUGAGUGGUAGGAAAACUAGUAGUUUGGUAGUUCCCAGCCAAUCUCAAUGGUGACACUCAUAUUCUGUAUGUUGUUGGGAGAGAGGAAUAUAUAAAAUUGCUUUGAUGUUUUUGGUCCAUAUCUUAGGUUGUUGUUAUAUGUAAUUUUUAAAGAUGACUUGAUAUAUCAUGUUAUAACUGAUCGAUUGUUUAUUUAUGUUUAUAUAAACUAUAAGAGAA